AUUGUCUUGUCCCCUGCAGCACUAACAGCUAAAAUGGCGUCGGAAAAUGGUUCGGAAACCCAAGAUGAUAAAAAAGCUCUUAUACAAGAAUCAUCUGAAGAGGAGGCACAACAACAGGGUGAAACAGUGCUGUGUAACAAGGAAUCAAAACUAACGCUUUAUCACUGGACCCAGUCCUUUAAUUCCCAGAAGGUACGUCUGGCCAUAGCGGAGAAGGGUUUGCGCUGUGAGGAGUACGAUGUGAGCCUCCCUCUCAGUGAACACAACGAGCCGUGGUUCAUGCGUCUGAACCCAGCGGGUGAGGUGCCGGUCCUGGUCCACAACGACAAUGUCAUCUGCGAUCCGACACAGAUCAUGGACUAUCUGGAGGAAAACUUUAACACUGAGGGAACUCCCAGGUUGGUUCCUGAAGAGGGCAGCAGGUACUAUCUUAGGGUGCAGCACUACAGGGAGCUGCUGGACUCACUGCCGAUGGAUGCAUAUACACACGGCUGUAUCCUCCAUCCACAGAUCACUGCUGACUCCCACAUACCAACAUAUGCUGCUGCAUCAAUAAGAACACAGAUUGGAAAUACACAGACAGAGCUAGCGAAACUGGCUGAGCAGAACCCAGAGCUCAAAGAUGCUUACAUAGCAAAACAGAGGCGUUUGAAAUCGAAGUUGUUUGACCAUGAUAACCUGAAGUAUCUUAAGAAGCUUCUGGAUGAACUGGAAAGCGUAAUGGACCAGGUGGAGACAGAGUUGCAAAGGAGAGUGGAGGAAACACCAGAGGAAGGAAACCCUUCAUGGCUGUGUGGAGACUUCUUCAGCAUGGCCGACGUCUCUCUGGCUGUCACAUUGCACCGACUGAAGUUCCUGGGGCUCUCCCGGCGCUACUGGGGCAAUGGCAACCGUGUCAAUGUAGAAACAUACUACGAGCGAGUUGUCGAGCGGCCAGCCUUCAGGAGGGUGCUGGGUCACGUCAACAACAUCUUGAUCUCAGCUGUUCUUCCUGUCGCGUUCCGAGUAGCCAAAAGGAAUGCUCCGGUUAUAGUUGGCACAACUCUGCUGGUCGGCUUUCUUGGGGGAGCCACGUACCUUGCCUUUCUCUACAUGAAGAAGAGGCUUAGUCCCUUCAGUUGAAGGAGAGUGAGAAGAUUUUCAGCAAAACUGAUUGAAACGGUCAUUGAUCAUUGAACAAAGAUCUGUUGUGUGUGACUGGACUAAUCAACUCCAUUCUGUCUGUGGCCUACUGUAGCACUCAAAGUACUUUCACUUAUUCUUGAUCACUGCUGCUUCAAUGGAUGCACUUAUGAUUUGAAUCAUGCUUAUAAGUUCAUUCACAUAACUAAACUAUCCAACGGGAAUAUAAUGUGAUAAGAAUAUUCACUUUCAGAGGUAUGUAGGUCUCACUGUUUCUGGCUUUCAAAGGUUCUACUGACCUUCCUUUGCAGCCAACAUGGCGACACGUUUUACCUUUAAGCCUGGCAAACCUUACAGUAGGAAGUUGUAGUUGUGUUAUAUUCAACAUAGAUUUUCCAAGCUGAUCUUGUGAUUAAAGAGCAAUUAAAACAUUUUAAACAAGCAACUGAAACUUCACCUUUAAAGGUUUAAAUGGAUCGAUUUAAUUUAAAAACAAAAAGACAACCAACUCUAUGUUUUAAUAUGAUAUAAGGUAAUUUUAAAGAGUUAUACAUGUUUAACCAUAUAUUCAGAGGUAUGGUUGUCUGUUUGGUUGAUGUUGAAUUUUGCAUAGUAGGGAUUUUAAAAAGAAACCUCCCUGAAAGUCUACAGCGUGCAAAGGCCUAGCAUUGCAUUCUCUGUUGCAGGAAAAUGUUUCCAACAGAUGGCUUCAUACAAACAGCAGUAGGAAAAAAAUCCUUGUUGAUGUUCUGGUCUUGCAUAUGUUUUUAAGGCCUAGCUUACAUAUUCACAGUAUCAUAUUCAAUAGAUGUGUCUAAAAAAUAAACUA